AUGUGGUCGAAGGAUCAGGGACAUCUGUACCCCUUGUUAGUAUGGCCCAUGCGAACUUAUGUAUGGCGUGUUUCAGGUUCGCGACACGUGGGCGGGACUGCUAUUUUUAUCCGCCCUGGAUCGGUGAUGCAGAUUUGCGCACUUGGACCACGCGAUGCACGCCAGCGGGGAAUAGCCGUGUUUCAGGAGAUGAGGGAUGAGAUUAUGAUGGUGUCGAAAUUACUCUGGUGUCUGUCGCCCUAUCUCGGUCUCGACUUUUAG